AUGCAGCAGCAGUUCGAGGCAAUGCUAAUAAACGCGUUCGGAAGGCUGUUGGGCACGGCAACGCCGGGAUCGGAACUACCGAACCCAGGGAGGAGAUUCGCGGCCAUAACGAACAUUCAGCAACGAUACGGAGUAUUCUGGCCCGACGCCGACAGCAAGUACGGCAGGGAGCCCAUAUUCCACGACCGAGAGACACCAUGCUACCGAGACGUAGACCUAUGGCUCUCGGCGAUCGAAGCCAAGAUCGUUGAUCCUCACGCUCGAGACGAGGUCUUCAGAGAAUGGCAGAGCCUACUUAGAGGCAAAGCACUCAGCUGGUGGGAAUAUCACCUCGGGCCCGUGGAAAGGAACCAGUACAAAGCCCAGGGAUGGUUCGGCCUACAGAAGGGACUGAGAGCCCGAUUCGGGCCAACCCAGAUAGAAGCAAUCCAAUGGGUAGUAUCCAACAAGUUCACCGUGGAAAAGAUCGGUAGCAACAAGGACAUCCGAUUAUUCGCCCAAGACUGCUUCAAAUAUGGCAGAGCAUGGUUGGGAUCGUCAACGCCCCAGCAGCAACUACUCACGAUAUUCUACAACGCUCUGGACCCAUCUCUGCAACGAUUUCUCCACGAACCAACGCUUAAUGAUACGGUUGAGAGCUAUCUCAGACUCGCCGAGGAAAAACGCGGAGUUAUUCGAAGAUACCUGCAGACCCCAAUCGAGGUUCUUCACACAACCGCCCCAGACAGUGAGGAUAACGCUCUAUGGGGAGAACCACGCCCAGCCUGGAACAACAGGAACCAAGAGAAACGCGAUUUUCCCCAGCUACAACGUGACCAGCCCCAAUGGCAACAAAAGAAAACGCAACCCAACUGGAAACAACAAAACUGGAAAGACCGCAAACCCUGGAACGCACAGCAGAAGUUCCCGAACUCAAGGCGAUUCGCCCGGUAUAACCGUCCGGGUCAACCGCCUAACGACGCUAAGUUCGUGUGGGAAGACGAAUCGGACGAGGACAUGAUCAAUCACCUCGUCGAUCACGGGUAUAUCCUCGAAGACGUCGUAGAAGUCCCAGCGGCACAACCACAAGAGGAAGAGGUAGCCCAUACAGGAUGGACUAAUGACGUUGCCUUCCGCGCCCACGAGGCGACCACUCCCAAGGCAGAGAUCCCUCCCCCAUCUCCUCAAAUACAAGAGGAAGUAACGGUAGUCACGACGGCGUAUCAAACAGAGCCCCAGACGGAGCCGCCUAGCGACUUCGCUGGAGUAGCCGUGAAAAACCACGAAAUCAGAGAGUUGCCGAAGUUAGCACCAGGCCAAAUCAUCGACGCUCAGACGAAACCGAAUAAGCGCGGCAUGCCCUCGAAAAGAACACACCUUCGACUCCACGUCAAAGCCGACGAUAAUAGCGAACCAGACGAGGUGUGUAUCGACACAGGAGCCUCAACCAUACUAGUUGAAAAGUCCUGGGUCACACGAUUCGCCCGCAAAUCGUCUUUUCGAGCGAUCGAACCAAGGAAAAUGAACGCCGUAGAUUCCACCUUCCAGGUCACAGAAGAAGUAACAUUUGACUUCUACGUCCCUGGUAAAAUAGGCGAGACAGACGUGAACGCACACGUUAUUGUCACAGCAGGGGUUGUCAACAUGCUCGGAGCAAACCUAUUGCUCGGCACCCCCUUCUGUGAGGAACACGGUCUCGUCGUAGACUUCAACAAGUCUGUUGUUAAGUUUCGAUCCGUAUUUAAUAUGGAGGCGCCCGUUGAGUAUCGACGGCAGACGCCACCCGCCAGGCGCGUGGAAAACGCCUACGCAGUAACAAUUCCACGGAAGAGUCAAGUCUUCGUCCCGGGACGAUACAGCCCUCUGCCAAGGGAUAGUAACGACGGGAGCGAGACCUGGCACUUCCACCCAACACAUGAGGCAGCGAUCUACAGUACGGUAGACCUCGCGACCCCAGCGUUAUUUCUCAUCCACAACAAAGGAAAUUCAGAAAUACAAAUCCCCAAAGGCCACCGUAUCGGUCACCUUACGAAACAACCACCAGGGGAUAUAAGUAUCCUGCUCAGCGACCUCGAAGCUGAGAAUAACCACGGCAACGCAAUGUUCAAUGUAACUAAUGGGGAAGGCACCCCAGAAGGAAACACCAAACCAUGGAUAGACGAGAUACCAGACUACGGAAUCUCUAAACCAGACGACGUACCAGUGAUUAUUAGCAAGCACGGCGUCGAGAUAUGUAAUCUCGACACGGACUUCGCACAACAACUGCGGAAAGUCCUCGACAGGUAUAUCCACUCGGUCUCGAAGACCUCGCAGUUUUAG